UCCUGUAUUUGUAUUUGGUUGGGAGGAAGGUGAUAUGAGAUUUAGGUCUAAGCAUAGUGUGCCCCGUCGGCAACUUUUGAGUAACUCUGUGAUUUAAGUUAAGAAUAGUUGUGGAUUCUUGCAAUUCUGAGAAGAAGACUUAAGGUGACCUUCUAUGGAUUAACAUAACAUGGAGAAGAACAGGAUGGCAUUGUGAUGGAUUCAAAUACCGGUAGACACUGCAGCAAAUAGUGAACACAGUGCUUUUGAAAGCAAUGGGAGUCCUACAUGGUAUCGCAGUGGCUUAACAUGGGAUCCGGGUCAAGUGCUUCUGAUAAUAUUCCAUUGGUUGAAAAUGAUGAGUCAAAAGAGGAUGUUGCACUUUUUGAAAAACUGGAUUUUGUGAUUAUUGGCUACCAUGGUGCUGGAAAGAAUAAAGCAGGAAACAUCAUCCUGAACAAAAAGGAAUUCAGUUACUGGACAUCAUGGAGCAAACAAGCUGUGAAGAAAGAGUCCAACUCAGGCAAUCAUAAAAUUACUGUGAUCCGCACUCCAGGUUGGUCUGGGAAAUUAAGUACGGAGACAAAACAGCAGAUUCUAAAAUCUGUCCAGUCGUCAUUUACAGAUGGACCUAACGCUCUCCUCUUGGUUAUUAAAAUCGGUUGUACAGACUCUCUUGCUAUUUUCACAAAUGAAGAAGGAAAAAGCAUGUUUGAAGAAAUGUUCACUGAAAAUGUAUGAGAAAAUAUAAUAAUGCUGUUCACAAAUGAGAAAGGAUUGAUGAAAGAAAAUAUGCCUAUUGACGAAUACAUUACUAAACUUAAACUUGACUGGUUGAUAGAGAAAUGUGAAGGAAGGUAUUUUUGUCUUUCCGACAUAAAUUCAUGGAAGGUUCAGAGUAGGGAGCUGAUCUACAAUUUAGAGGUAAAUAUAGCUGAGAACAAAAAUGAGAAUUUCAACAUAGAAGAUAUUGCCACAGAGAAUAAACUGAAGAAAAAGACAUCUCUGAAAAAAAACCUUGAAAAGAAGUACAACCAACUUAAAACACAUCUGCCAAGCUAUAGGAAGAAUAAGAAAAAAUGUGAAUCCAUUGAGAUUAAGAUAGAAAAACUGGAGAAGAUCAUUAAACAGAAGACAGAAGAAAUACAAGAGUUACAGGCUCAAAUUGAUCAGUUAAGUUCAGAAGUAAAGAAACAGACAGAAGAGGACAAAGAAACAAGAGAAGAGUUGAAGCAAACAAAAGAAGAGUUGAAGCAAACAAAAGAAGAGUUGAAGCAAACAAAAGAAGAGUUGAAGCAAACAAAAGAAGAGUUGAAGCAAACAAAAGAAGAGUUGAAGCAAACAAAAGAAGAGUCGAAGCAAACAAAAGAAGAGUCGAUGCAAACAAAAGAGUCGAAGCAAGCAAAAGAAGAGUCGAAGCAAACAAAAGAGUCGAAGCAAACAAAAGAAGAGUCGAAGCAAACAAAAGAAGAGUUGAAGCAAACAAAAGAAGAGUUGAAGCAAACAAAAGAAACGUUGAAGCAAACACAAGAAACGUUGAAGCAAACACAAGAAACGUUGAAGCAAACACAAGACAAGUUGACAUCAACUGAAGAAAUGUCCACUAAUAGAAUCACCAAAAAGGGGAAGUGGCAGAACACACUUAGCAACAUCUUGUGUGAACUCCUUGAAGAUGAAUUUAAAAAACUGAAGCACUUUUUGACUGAAAUCCCCAGCGGAAAACUGGAACAUGCAAAACAACUGGAUGUAACAGAUAUGAUGAUAAAAGCCUUUGGAUUUAAUGAAUCAAUCACAAAAACACGAGACCUCAUGAAGAAGAUACCACGCAAUGACCCAGCUGUGCAAGACAUGCUGGAGCCCUUCCUGUCAGCAAUAGGAGAAGCAUGGUGAUUUAAACAUAAUGAAUUAAUACACUACAUGCUCGUUGAACAUCUCAUUACAAAAUCAUGGGCAUUAAUAUGGAGUUGGUCCCCCCCUUGCUGCUUUAACAGCCUCUACUCUUCUGGAAAGGCUUUCCACUAGAUUUUGGAACAUUGCUGCAGGGA